UAUUCACAAAAAUGAAUUCAAAAAUAUUGCAAAAAGUAAAGGUAGAGGCACAGAUAGCCAUCUACUUGAACGUGUAUGGCAGAUGGAAUUCUACCGUGCCUCAAUGCAGGUUUUAUCUAAAGACUUUUGUAUUUCUGUAGAUGCUGGAUCAUGCUUUGGGUCAAAUGGUUAUAUCGAUUUUUAUGUAAAUAAUAAGAAUAAAUGGGCCAUUGAAUUGUUAAGGGACGGAAAUAAAUUGCAAGAACAUCAGCAAAGGUUUGAAAAAGAUGUCAUUGAUAUUCGUAGUAGUGGAAUGGAAGCUCUGGAUAUAAAAGAUCGUAAAAAAUAUGAUAUAUAUGUUCUCUGUGCUGAGAACUUUGAAUCUGUUCAACUUAUGUAUCCUAGUGGAACUGAAGAACCUGUUCGAUUGUUAGGUGAAGAAGAAAAUUUGCUUGGAUAUAAUAUCUCAGACUUUUUAGAUGAUCCAAUGGAAACUGAUUAA